UAGAACCUUCUAAUAACAGAUUUCGAACGCGUCGUUAGUAUAAUUCGGCUCAUGUUAAGAAUCAUUGGAUUAUGGCCGCCAGACAACCAAAAAGAUCAUACAGUCAUAAAAUCGAAAAUUCGACUACUGUAUAGCUUUAGCAUGGUACUUUUCGUAUUGGCAAUACCGGCUUUAGUAUCAUUGAUAAGAGUAUGGGGUGACAUGGUUUUAAUGAUAGAAAAUUUGCAAUUCACUCUACCAAUUAUGGGUGCAACAUUAAAAAUCUUUAUUCUUUCGCGAAAACAAGCAGAUUUACUACCCUUAAUUGAAAUGAUCAAAAGAGACUGGAUAAAACUGAAGAUGAAAGAAGAGCGGGACAUUAUGCUGAAACGAGCAAGGAUUAUACGCGCACUUACCAUAUGCGGAUUAUUAUGCGGGGUAGUUUUGACAAUAAUAAUUAUUUUCACUUUUCCCUGUUUCGGUCUGAUGCUUCGGCAGGUGACGAACCUGACCGAUUCUGGAAAGCCUUUACCGAUACCAUCGUACUAUUUGCAUGAUGUUUCCAAGAGUCCGCAAUUCGAGUUGACGUUCUUGGCACAAGGAAUCGCGGUUAUCGUAUGUGCUUGUUCCUAUACUGGGACUGAUCACUUGCUCAGUCUACUAAUUUUGCACAUAUGUGGUCAACUGGAAAAUCUAUAUUUGAGAUUGACACACUUGGAAAAGUAUGGAAGCUUCGACGUAGCUUUGAAAUACAACGUCCAAGAUCACAUCCGCCUGAUCAGAUCCGUCGAAAUCAUCGAUCACACAUUUGACUUAAUGCUACUUGUUCUGGUGCUCUAUUUUGGCAUAUUAUUCUGUCUUCAAGCUUUUCUCCUAGUUGAUGUUAUUAACCAAGAGGGUCAACUGUCAUUGACACAAUUGAUAUGGUUCACCUCAGCGAUUGUAUAUGUUUCGUUGCACAUGUUCCUUUAUUGUGCUGUUGGCGAAAUUCUUGUGAUACAAUCUGAGAACAUACAUCAGGCCACAUAUGAAUAUCCGUGGUAUAACAAGGAAGCGAAAGUAGCAAGAAGCUUGAUGCCAAUCAUGCUUUGCGCCAGUAAACCACUUUAUAUCACAGCUGGGAAAAUAUUUCCCAUGACGAUGUCAACAUUUUGCAAUUUGUUGAAAACUUCGGCGGGUUACGUAUCGGUUCUACUCACCAAUCAAGGUUGAUGGCUGUAUUGUAAAUUUCUAGAUUAGAUUCUUUUGUAACAAGACAAUAUGUGUAGAUAGUAUUCAAUGAAUAAUACAUAUGAUAGGCGAUAUAUAGGAAGAGUUUUAUAAAAGCGGUUUUUUUUUUUUUUUGGAACUUCUGGAAACAGCGAAAAAAUAU